GGAAAACACUUGGCUUGGAGAAAAAGGAAACCUAUUCUGUAAAAUGAAGGUUCACAUCCCUUAAAGCACCUCCUUCUUCCAUUUUUGCUCUCCUUCAACCGUUUCGACGAAACCAGCCGCACCGCCCAUCUUUUCUCUCUGAUUCUCUCCGCCAGUAUCAAAAAAAUGUCUCGAAGAUAUGAUAGCCGAACUACGAUUUUCUCUCCUGAAGGCCGUCUUUACCAAGUUGAAUAUGCAAUGGAGGCAAUUGGAAAUGCAGGUUCUGCAAUUGGGAUAUUAUCUAAAGAUGGGGUUGUCUUGGUAGGUGAAAAGAAGGUUACAUCCAAACUCCUUCAGACCUCAACUUCCACUGAGAAGAUGUACAAAAUUGAUGACCAUGUUGCAUGUGCUGUGGCUGGAAUUAUGUCCGAUGCCAACAUAUUGAUCAACACGGCAAGGGUUCAAGCCCAACGAUACACUUAUGCUUACCAAGAGCCAAUGCCUGUUGAGCAACUGGUUCAAUCUCUCUGCGAUACAAAGCAAGGAUACACCCAAUUUGGUGGUCUACGCCCCUUUGGUGUCUCUUUUCUUUUUGCAGGAUGGGAUAAAAACUAUGGCUUCCAACUAUACAUGAGUGACCCAAGUGGAAACUAUGGUGGUUGGAAGGCUGCUGCAAUUGGUGCCAACAACCAGGCAGCACAGUCAAUGCUUAAACAGGAUUACAAGGAUGAUAUCACAAGGGAAGAGGCCAUACAGCUUGCACUUAAGGUGCUUAGCAAAACCAUGGAUAGCACAAGUCUUACUUCUGAAAAGCUCGAAUUAGCCGAGGUUUUGCUCUCACCUGCUGGAAAUGUCAAGUACCAAGUUUGCUCACCCGAGUCUGUUAGCAAGUUGUUGGUGAAGUCUGGUUUGACUCAACCAGCUGCUGAGGCUUCCUAAAGAAAACACCUUAUUCUAGAUUCCAUGGCUCAUUUAGAUGUCGAACAAUUUCAUUGUGCUUGGCCUGACAUGUCUCAUGACCUUCAUAUUACUUGAACUGAAUAGAGGUCAUUGGAUAAGUUCUUGGAUUGUUGGAUUAUCUUUACCAUUUACAAUUUUCUUGUCUUUUAUGUGACCAUCUUUACCAGUGCUGCACAACUAUGAAGUUCAGUAAUUUUAUCACCCUAUAAAGAAACCUUCUAUGAGACUGAAUUUGAUCUUA